CCCAAAUGUGCGUGACCGAGAUCUGGACAUAUCGCGAAUGCGGUUGCCACUACAAGCACAGCAUUCUCUGUCGGUCAUACCGCAGAAAUCGAUCGCCGUGCUUUGCUCCUAUCAUUCAGUAUCCGCUGGAAGAGUGGUUGCAAGCAAGCAACCAGACCGCCGAAGCCGCGCUCAAACAGAUCAAGAGACGACCAAGACCUGCCGAACCUCAGCAAUGUCCACAUCAUAGCACAGUCAGAAGAUCAUUCUUGAAUCAAGUAUGCGACGAAUGCUUGUCGAAAAACAAUAACAUGUUGUCUCCUACCUUUCCAAGCACCUGUUUAGCGGGACCGUGCGACAUGAAUGGAGAGGGCCUCAUUUGGGAUAGCGAUGUAAAGAUUGAAAUCGACGACAUGCAAUUUGAAAUGCUUCCCACAAAGGGUUGUUUGGAACCUUUUGGUCUUUUGAACGACUCGGAUGACGAUGAAAGGAGGAUUCUGGAAAGUCAUGUCGAGAUCACUGUUGAGCCUUCUGACUCGGGGACUUUCCCUGUGGAAGAGGACGUGUCGAUUUCCACAUCAAACAAAGCUCAAUCGCGGGCACCAUCCAUUGCUUCAACUUGCCUGAGUUCAAUUUCAAGCCUUGGAAUGAGCACGUCUUCUCACUCUAAGCGAAACCGACGAUAUGGCUUCGCCCUUCCAACUGGGCUUCAUUAUGAGCUUGAUGAUGCCGACGAUGAGGGUGAUGACUCGAGCGAUCUGCAUGACCUACCUUCAACGCCAUCGCGCGGCAGAUCCGUGAAACGAGGGGUUGCAGAAGCACUCCAUAUCCUUGACGACGGGAGCGAUCUUCCGAGCCAGGCAAAGCCCCUCACCAGAUUCAGAAGCCUACGACGCUCCAUAUCCUCGCCCUUUGGAAGUGGGUCCAAAUCGCAGGAUGAUGAGAAGUCUAAUGCAAGUGACUCACAGAUCAGCUCUUCCCCAGCAUCGUUGAUAAGCACCAAGGGAUUUUUCCGAAGACUCAGGACUCGGAAGACGUCAGGGUCGAUCGUUGAAACCAUUGAAGAUAAAUUCAACCAAUUGCAACUGUCAAGUUCCCCAUAUGGCCGACUAGAUUCCGGUCCGCAGCGAAAACCGACUCUUAGGAGCUGGGCUGAAUCCAUUGUCCCGGACAAGAGUCGACAUAAGUACGGAAACCAUCGACCAGAAUAUGUGCGUAGCUGUGCGCCCAGUCCCACCAACUCUUUGACACUGAACCAGGAGCCGCAACUUGACGAACUUCCGAUUCUGGAUACGAUGUCCGACACCGCCUUUGACACUGAUUCGGUGCUCAGCUAUGUCGCUUACUAUUCUGACGAGAUAGAACCGUCGAAUAUGGUAGAAGAGCCUGAUUCUCCGUGGUCACCGUGUAGUGGACCAAGUACCCCAACACCCCAGAUAUUGUUGAGCCGGGAAAUCAGCCAAUCGAUGCGCAAUGGUGGCAAGGAGACUAUAGUGACAGAGCUCCUGGCGACAAACGGAAACAAGUCUGAAGAACCCAGAGACACAGGGGAUCGAGGAGCAGACAAAUCGUCCCACGAACCGCCAAAACUGGUUAUUCCCAAAAUCGACAUUCUGCCGACGUCUGCCGAGUUGGUGACAUCCCCAGAGGAAAUCACUUUCUUCCCUCCAUUGGGUGCACCAAAAGAGGACACCCGGUCGGUGUCUCGACCCCAAUCCUUCUGCGCUUGUCCAGAGGAUUCAGAUCAGGAAACGGAGGAAAGCAAACAAGACAAAGGGCCAUACUUCGGGCUGACAUUCUCUCCUCAUGAGGGCACAACGGAGAAAGCAAACGCCACGCUGCCAUCGCCAACUAGAGGAACUGAUGAAAUGGACCAGAAUCGAUUAGUGGAGCAGAAACCAGAUGCCCCAGUUGGUCUGGGUCUUCCAUCAGGUCAUAGCCACGUUGACUUUCCAGUGAGAUCUUCGAGCCGGAACAGACCCAAGAAUGAGGUACAUGAAGAUUCGAAACUAGGUCAUUCGUCGCGAGGAGAAGCAAUGUCGGCUUCACAGAACAGGAAAGGUUGGUUGCCCAUAGGCGACGACACUGCAAGCGUGGUUGUAUAUUCGAAACCAUCACCCCGAAGCAUAUUGUCGCCUCGUUCGAUUCUGCUUCAGAACCACGCCGCGGCGAACAGACAGUUGGCAAAGAAUCACCCGCCACGGAAAAGCUCAUUGAGACGACUCAUCAUGCCUAAAAGCGACAUACCGGAGAUGCCGAAUAUGCGAGAACGAUUGUUGGAAACGGAAAAUUGGUCGAGGUGAUGAAGGUUAGAGUCCGUGGACUUCUAGUAAUACACCCUGGAUAUCAAGGGACAGAAUUGUAACAUAGUAUCAUGAUG